AUGUCUGCGGAAUCUGUGCGGGAGCUCUCAUACCCAGUAAUCGAACAUGUCGGAGUCAGUGGAGCAUUGUGCUUCGUGGAAGACCCUUGGGCCAAUGUGGUGGAGGGCAAUAGUGGUCAACAGGCAAGAAACAAGAGGCCACAUAGGAACCCGGCAGGAGGCAACAAAGAAUUUACAGAUGCAACUGAGAAAACGGCACAUACAAGUCCGGGAGGAUACGGACAAAACAAAGAGACAAAGCUGAGCGCUGGGGGGAGACUGAGGACGCAAAACAAGCAUUCUAGAGAGCAACACAAAAGCGAGAAAGCAGACAGGAGAGCAACACACUUCUUCAACAGAGGGCACAAACACACAGAAUAG